CCUUCUUUCGCCCUAAAUUUUUGCACAAACGAGUAAAUAUUUCGACUAUUCGUGUAUUUAAAAUCUUUUCAAUUGUUUUGAGAAAUCCAUUUCAUUGUUUCUCCAUCGUUAGAGCUUUAGCUCUUUUUGAAUACAUUUCACAAGCAGUUGAACGAUAGUUAAUUCUUCACACCGAAAUGGCCUCGCACAAAGACGAUAUUCUAUUCAAACGACGCAACAAAGGCAGAAUCCACGAAGACAUCACGAAACGGGUAUCUUUUCACGAAGACACCAUCGUCGACGAGCACAAAAUCACCGAAUUAAAAGUACUCGCCUGCGAAGCCCAAGAUUUCGAUUCAGAGUCGAAGAAAAUAUUCCUCGAUAGUUAUCACGAGGCUGAAAAAUUCACCAGCAGAUCUAGAAGCGACUCGUUACGACCACUCAAACCUCAGUCCGGUAAAAAGUACUUAACUAAGAAAGAAUUUCCACCUUUUUUCGAACGAGGUACUCCGGAAGGUCAAGAAGAUCCUAAAAAGUACUCUUCGACGCCGAAUUUAAGCGACUUUGGGAGCGAAUCCGGUAGCUUGAAGGAUUUAGCUAAUACAUCAGAUGUUCCUCGCAUAAGCAAUAAAUCUGUUAGAACGUUAUUGGUGAACAGAUUCUUACAAUCGGUACCAUCGAAACAACUCGUCAAGAAUCAAUUAGCCAAACGAAACAAUCGUAUAUCGUGUUUAUACGUUAAAAACAUCAAACGUUUAGAUCUACUCGAUCAGUCAUCGAUAACGAAGAUAAUCAACGAUGAAAUUUCCAAAAAUACUCGCUUACCUGUUACUCCUCCUACGCUGAACCCUAAAUUACAACUACUAGUCAGUUCAGAAGAUGAGUCGAUCUAUAAAGUGUUUAAAGUCUUGAAAGUAGACGGAUCUCCGUUACUGGCUGUGAUUACUUCGAAUUCGUUGUGUUUCGUAUCGUAUUGUUCGUCUGAAAAUGAUUUCCUAGUCGAGAAUUCGUUCAAUUUCGAUGAUUUGGUAGCUGCUGUGGUUGGACCAUUUUCUCAAAUUGUUAUAAUUCUAAAUGAAGAACAAGGUCGAGUUUACCUCAACACCGGUAUAGAGAAAAGUUUAGCUUACGAGUUAAUGAGUCAUUUGGAAAUAGCUAUACGUCGUUGGUGUUCUUCGAAUAAGCAAGAAUUCGAGUUCAAUGCGGCUGAAAUAAAUGAUUUCAAAGCCAUUUCCUCGUUUUACGACGUUCUACCUGAGAAUGCUUUUGUCAAGGGUGAGACGAUAUUAGGACAAUAUUCGGUUUGGUUGCAAGAAGAAAACGUUCACAAUGCCAGUUCACCUUUGGGUCCGCAGAAAGAUGGUUAUAUUAUGACGAAGAUCGGUGUAGGUGCUUCGUGGGUUCCUUCUUAUCUUAGUUUAAAUGCCGGUGUGUUAUAUAUAUUUGAAAAAAUAUCCUUACGAGUUCCAAAAUUCGCGAUUCCGUUACGUUCGCCGUUCUAUAAAGGUUGUCGUAUUCAUAACGAAACCGAAAGACCUCACAGUUUCGAUAUCAUUUUACAGGGUGAUUCGAUUUUCCAUUUCGGAGCUGCCGAUGAAACUGAAAUGAUGGAUUGGAUACAAGCUUUAUACUCAUCGGCGUCCAAAACUUCAAAUUCCAUCGUGGAUUGCGAUCGAGAAUCGCCCGUUGUCAAUUGCUUCGUCACACUUACGUUAAAUCAAGUCUUAUUGCAUCAAUUCCCGAACAAAAUCAUUAGCAGAGCUUUCCUACAAGACGUUACCGAUUUUACUAUCUCAACUUGGCCGCAGAAUUAUUUCUGCGUUUUGGAGUUCGAUUGUCGAGAAGCGUCAGAAAUGGGAGACGACUGGAUAUUAUAUUUCGUGUCGAAAGAUACGUUCGAUAGUUUUUGUUUGAAUUUCACUGCGAUUACCCAUCGCACAGGAAUGGAAUCUCAAUUCGACGAUAGCAGAUUUUUCGCCAGCAAAAGUGAUCGAAUUUGUGCCCGAAUACGAGCUUCGUGGGAUUCGUUUUUUGCCUAACUGAGAGAAAAUUUUACUUAUGUACUCUAGAGAAAAUAGGACGGAGUCCUCGUUUAAUUUAUGAAGCACGGUGUAUUUCGAAUCCGCGCAGCAGUACGGAUUUGUACUUAUAUUUUUAUUUUUUGUUAAUUUGAAAUUUUAUUUGACCCUAUUUCUUUUUUCAUUAUUUUUGUUACAAUAACAAAUUACAUUUAUGUAAUAAUUUAAUUGUGAUAAUAAGGCUACCAACGAAAAGCUUAUUCUUAUGUGCUAUACACUUUUUAAAAUUUGCUUUUUGUACCUCAUCGUAUUUGUAUACCAUUUUUGUGUUGUCUUUGAAUGUUUUUAAGUGAUUUUUUUUUGUUCCCUUAUAUAGGUUGACUCGUGAUUUAUAAAAAAAAAUAAAUUGAAUUAUAUUUUGUUUGAGCCUUUGGUUAGUUUGAUCAUUGUUGUGUUAUAUGUUUUACUUAUUGUAAAAUAAUACAUUACGUAUUACGUACCUACCUUUAAUUCCAUAUCAAAUUAUAGCAACGACUAUUUAUGUAUCUAAUUAUAAGCGUGUUCAGAACUUCAUGUGAAUAUGGUGCUUGCUUUAAAUAAUUCGAACUGGAAACCAGUGAUAUAAUUAUUAUGAUAUUUUUGAAAUAUAAAUUUCUUAAUUUGCGAA